ACGCAGCUCGGGGCGGGGAAGGCGGAAGUCGGCUCCCAACAACACCCGAGAGCCGGGUAGCGCUGAGUUCCGAUCCAGAGCGUCCGCCUUCGCCGGCCGGGUCGGGCCUGAGGAGCCGCCGCCAUGUCCAGCAUGGAGAAACACCUGUUUAACUUGAAGUUUGCUGCCAAAGAGCUCAGCAGGAAUGCAAAAAAAUGUGAUAAAGAAGAAAAGGUUGAAAAGACAAAAAUUAAGAAGGCAAUCCAGAAGGGUAAUACUGAAGUUGCAAGAAUACAUGCAGAAAACGCAAUCCGACAGAAGAAUCAAGCAAUCAAUUUCUUGCGCAUGAGUGCCAGGGUAGAUGCAGUAGCAGCAAGAGUUCAAACUGCAGUAACAAUGGGCAAGGUAACAAAGUCAAUGGCAGGAGUAGUUAAAUCUAUGGAUGCUACAUUGAAGAGCAUGAACCUGGAAAAGAUAUCUGCCUUAAUGGACAAAUUUGAGCACCAGUUUGAAACACUAGAUGUUCAGACGGCACAGAUGGAAGAUACAAUGAGUAAUACUACUACGUUAACAACACCACAAAACCAAGUGGAUACGCUUCUACAGGAAAUGGCAGAUGAAGCAGGCCUUGAUCUGAACAUGGAACUACCCCAGGGGCAAACAGGUUCUGUUGGCACAAGUGUUGCUUCAGCAGAGCAGGAUGAGCUGUCACAGAGACUGGCCCGCCUACGUGAUCAAGUUUAACUUAAGUAAUCAAAACUGCAGAGCUCUGUAGAUGCUUCCAAAGCAUUCACUCUGUAUACAUAUUAUGCUGUAUGCAGUAUGUCCUGGAUGUCUAAAUAUUUGUACUAUAUGAUACUUCACUUUUGGCUUGCUGUCCUUUCUAAAUACAUUAAGAAAUUCAAAGGUAUCACAGCCCUUUAAUGUUUUUCUAGGUCUGUACAGUACAUUUUGAAGUUGGGGAUAUAUUUUUGCAAUUAUCUUUUCACAGAACCAAGCUAAAAUUCUAAGUCAACUAAUAAUGUUGGCUCAUUCUAGUUGAAGGAAAAGCUGAACACUAUUGACAUGAUAUAUAAUAUUUUAAAUUAUAAAGUGGGUUUUUUAAAUUAUGAAAAACAUGUACAGUUGGGGAACUGAUGCAUGCAAUUCAGAUGAUGGUUGCAAUUAACUUGCUUACACAGCAAAAUUCAUGGAAUACACAGAUGGACGUGUUGUCUUUGUUAAUAAGCAUAUUAAAACACAUAGUUGGACUUGAAUCUGUUUUUAUGGUCUUUUAAAACUACAUUACUUGCAAAACAACUUAAUGGGCCAGUUAAAAAUUAGCUACCAAAAGCUGUUUUCACCGAACUGGGAACUUGUAUAGUACCAUCACUUCAGUACAGGAGGAAUAAAAUUUAUUUUUCAACAUUUUUGUCUAGAUUGUUUGAUACAUGUAUAUUAGUCAAGCAAAGUGACUCCAUAUUAUGUUGAGUUAAGGCAACCAUGUUAAAAUAUCUUUGAACUGUCAUCCUUAUAUUC